AUGAAGGUUGUGAUUGCUGUGGCUGUAGCCUGUGUGCUGGCGCUUGCCUUUGGCGGCGCGGUUGCCCAGCCGCGUGUGCAGACACCAGCGCCGUUGUUUGAGGCUGACGCUGUGCUCAACAAGGAGUUUGUGCGGGUCUCGCUGGACGACUACAAGGGCAAGUGGGUGGUUCUCUUCUUCUAUCCUCUCGACUUUACCUUUGUGUGUCCGUCGGAGAUCAUCGCGUUCUCGGAUGCGUACAAAGAGUUUGAGGCGCUGAACACGGCGGUGCUCGCGGCUUCGGUCGAUUCCAAGUUUACCCACCUUGCGUGGCUCAAGACCAAGCGGACCGAGGGCGGGCUCGGCGACAUUGCGUUCCCGAUCAUCUCGGAUCUCGAGAAGAAGAUUGCCGACAAGUACGGCGUGCUUAUCACCGAGGGCGAGGACGCCGGCGUGGCGCUGCGCGGCCUGUUCAUCAUUGACCCGGAAGGCAUUCUCCGCCAGAUCACCAUUAACGAUCUUCCGGUCGGCCGUUCGGUCCACGAGACUCUGCGUGUGCUCAAGGCCUUCCAGUUUGUGCACAAGGCGGGCGACAACACCGUGUGCCCGGCUAACUGGCAGGAGGGUGCGCGGACGAUGAAGGCCGAUCCCGAGGACUGCAAGGAGUACUUCCGUGCCGUCUUUGAGGAUACCGAGUAGCCGUCUCACGUAGUAGGCGAGCCAAAAGGCCGCAAAGAUAUGCCAGCAAAGAUCAUCUGCAUUGCA